UGAUUAUUUAUAGGAUGUAAUCCCCACGAUCUGCAAACAGCCUGUCCUCAGCCUCAAAUUGCGUGAUAGAGAUCUACACACGUCCUACGGCUAAACGAUAAGUCCAUUAUGAGAUCGACAUUAUUAGCUACCGUGGCUGCCUUGGGCGCUACACACGUCGCCGGCCAUGCCACCUUCCAGGACCUCUGGAUAAACGGCGUCGAUAUGGGGGGCUCAUGUGCUAGAUUACCGCUUUCUAACUCCCCGGUGACGAACGUAGCAUCGAAGGACAUCGCUUGCAAUGCCGGUACUAAGCCUGUAUCCGGAAAAUGUAGUGUCGCCGCAGGAUCGACAGUGACAGUAGAGAUUCAUCAGCAACCCGGAGACCGUACUUGCGCAGCGGAAGCGAUCGGUGGCGCCCACUACGGACCAGUCCAAGUAUACAUGGCCUCCGUAACCGAUGCCUCGACGGCCGACGGGUCCUCCUCGUCAUGGUUCAAGGUCUUCGCCGACACGUGGGCUAAGAACCCUUCGGGAGCAAGCGCUGAUGACGAUUGGUGGGGGACAAAAGAUAUCAACGAGUGUUGCGGCCGGAUGGAUGUGAAAAUCCCAUCCGAUAUAGCUGCUGGCGACUACCUCCUGCGGGCCGAAGCCUUGGCUCUACACACAGCGGGUCAAAGCGACGGCGCGCAGUUUUACAUGACAUGCUUCCAGCUGACCGUCACGGGCGGUGGUAGUGCCAAGCCCGCAGGUGUCUCGCUGCCCGGUGCCUAUAAGGCAAGCGAUCCUGGUAUCCUCGUCAAUAUCCACGGGAAGUUGGAUUCGUAUGUUGCGCCUGGCCCAGCGGUCUACGCAGGUGGCUCGACAAAGAGCGCAGGCUCUUCAUGCUCCGGCUGCGCGAGCACAUGUGCCGCCGGAAAAGCCCCGUCGAGCACCGCUGGCGGCAAUGGAGGUAGUACUCCUACCGCGAGUGCGACAAACACGGCCGCUCCACCAGCAAACACGGGCGAUUCCGGGUCGGGAUGCGGUGUCUCUUUAUAUGGUCAAUGUGGAGGAAGCGGAUUCACGGGCUGUACCAACUGCAGUAGCGGAAAAUGCCAAAAGCUCAACGAUUACUAUUCACAGUGUAGCUAAUCUAAGACAGAAAGGGAUUAGCGAGCAUGCUUUGACGAGAAGACAUGUUAAGGUAAAUCGAAUUGAUAUCGAGUAAACGUAUUGCUGAGUUGUAUGAGAAAUUGAAUUUGGCGUUAGUAAUAUUUAUGUAUAUAAUAUAAUGUGGCUGUACUCGCCGGAGCUCGUAUGGUGUAUCGGCUCGUGAACUAUCGCCAUUAAUAUUCAUCACAACUCUUGUCCGCACACAAUAUUGAUCGCAAUCUUUCACUCUCUUGGGUAUCACAUCUG